AUGACGAACGAGAGUUGGACGGUGGACGUUGUCUACACGGACCUCAGGAAGAGUUCUGAAAAGGCCUGGCACGCUUAUGAUGGUCCAGAUGACCCCCGUGUUGCCUCCUCCGCCUCGGGGAACAGGGCCUCGGUGUCUCGACCCAGGCUGCGCCCCGGGGGCCCAGAGUCGGCAGGGGAGUGUCGCCGGCGGUGGGCCCCGGCCGUCCGUCCUCGCUUGGGGGCAGCUCGGCUGACCGCAGGCGUGUCGGGACACGGCGCAUUCAGGCCGUUAGUACAAGAGGGGCAGGUGGCAUCUUACCUGAAGGGGAACUAUUACCCUGGCCGGUGCCGUUGGGAGGAGGGUUCGGACGGCGAGGGAGCCGGGGAGAAGGCGGAUGUUGACGAUUAUCGGUUCUGCAAGGGCGAGCAGGCGAGCUGCCGAGGAGCAGCGAGGAGGGGUGGGUCGAAGCGGAGCCCGCAGAACGCUGGAGGGAGCGCGGACGGUCGGCCGCUGGGGGCCGAGAGCCUCCAAUCCUACCCCGCCGAAGGCUCUCAGCCCGGAACGUCGGCCGUUGGCUCUUCACCGCGGAUGCUGACCGGCCUGCUGUGCUCCUCCGGUGCUUUGUGCUCUGGAUUUCCAGCCUCCGCGGAUCGAGGCGCGUUACUUUCAGCGGUGUUGGGAGUAAGGCUGGCGGGCGGAGGAUCGGUGGAGAGGACAAGACCCACGGGGAGUGACCUGAAGCGGCUUGGUGCGUCUCACAGAGAUCCCCUCCCAGAGCUGCCGACGUUGCACCCGGCGCCCAUCGUGCUGAUCAAGACGAGACCGGGCCGCAGCCGCUGGAGGGGGAAAGGCGGCAGCGAGCCAGCGGACCCCGACCCAGAGACGGAUGGGGUGCCUGUCACCCGGUGGGAGACCCACUACUGGGAGAAGGCCUCGCCCUCGGCCUUCCCGCCCCCCGGUGGCGAGGGGAGGGCCCCGGACGCCCGGGCCCCGUGCCCCGAGACGGCCGCGGCCAGCGGGACGGAGGCGGAGAGCAUGCAGCUGAUCUGCGAGUCCAUCUGCGAGGCGCCCCAGCAGGACAGCGGCAUCUCGCUGGAGGGAUUGGCUGCAGCCGCUGCUCUUCCCGAUCCCGUCCGGGAGCCGGACUUGGUGCACAGUGAGGGUCCCGAAGAUCUUGGUGAAUCCGACGAUGAGGACGACAUUCCGUUCCGCGACGAUCCCAAAGAUGAAAUGUACGAACCGUCGCCGCACAGGGAACGUGGGAAGCAGAGACGGAAAGCGCGGAAGGAGAAGCUGGAGACCGUCGAGCAGAUGGAGCCUCCGAAGAGGAGGCUGCAAAGACCCAAAGAAGACAGAGGUCCCCGACCCCCCAAGAAGCGCAAGAAGCCUCCGAUCCAGUACGUCCGCUGUGAGAUGGAGGGCUGUGGGACUAUCCUCGCCAAUCCAAGGUACCUGCAGCACCACAUGAGGUACCAGCACAUGCUGAAGAAGAAGUAUGUCUGCCCGCACCCUUCCUGCGGCCGGCUCUUCCGACUCCAGAAGCAGCUGCUCCGGCACACCAAGCACCACUCAGAUCAGCGGGACUACAUCUGCGAGUACUGCGCCCGGGCGUUCAAGAGUUUACACAACCUGGCCGUGCACAGGAUGAUUCACACGGGCGAGAAGCCCCUGCAGUGUGAGAUCUGCGGCUUCACCUGCCGACAGAAGGCCUCGCUGAACUGGCACAUGAAGAAGCACGACGCCGACGCCAACUACCAGUUCUCCUGCAACGUCUGCGGCAAGAAGUUCGAGAAGAAGGAUAGCGUGGUGGCCCACAAGAGCAAGUCCCACCCCGAGCUGGUCAUCGCCGAGGCUCUGGCCGAGAACGCCGAGAUCGUGCAGUCCUAGAACCCCCGCCCCCGUCCACCGCAACCCUCCACACGACAGGGCUGGAGUGCCCGUCCACCCCCUCCUCUCCCCUCCCUCCCGGGACGGAGGGGGUGGUGGGGAAGGGGAGAGGGUGCGAGGGGCGGAGAGCGUGCGUGCGGGGGAUGUGUACAUGUGUGUGUAGGUCGGGGGAGGGUGCUGGUGGUUAUUUAUGGAGGUGAUUUUCGAGGAGGAGAGGCGGUGGGGGAGUGUCACGUCACGUACAGGGUGCGCUCCCCCCCCCCCCUCCCGGAGCGGGGUUUCUGCGCGCACUCGUCCCGAAGCUGUGUGAGGGCAGACGAGAGCGCGGCGAGGUGGGGGGGGGGGGGUGCGGUGUGGACGGGGCGGCUCUCGGGGCUCUGAAUGUAGGCGGGGUGGGGUCGUCCGUGGGGCGAGGUGGCCCGCUUCUCGCCCCCCCCCAACCCCACCCGUGGCUUGUACUGAACUGUAAAUACCUGCAGCCCAGCCCAGCGAUGGGCGCGGCCGUGUAAGUAGUGUCGAACUGGAAGCGACAGGGUCUUGUUCCGAUUCUCAGUUACUGGUCGACGUAGAAGAAGCCGUAGACUCCACUGUGAGCACCGUCUAGUCGAGUAAAUCUGUAUAAAUAACUAUUAAAACCGAAAACAGAGAGCAAUAAACACAGUAUUUUCUUCCA